CCUUCUCUAAACACAUCUGUGAGAUCAUAGGAUUACAUUCAAGUAAAAAAAUGGCUAUCAAGUUGAUCCUUGUCGUCAUGGCAGCUGGAACGUUUGUUCUAUGCAAUGGAGGAGCUAUUCCAGUACCUGUUGCUGCUGUAGCUCCAGCAACGGAUUACGAUCCUCAUCCGCAAUAUACUUACGCUUACGAUGUAAGCGACAGCUUGACUGGUGAUUCGAAGAGUCAACACGAGAGCAGAAAUGGUGACGUUGUUAGUGGCAGUUACAGCUUAAUCGAAGCCGAUGGUACCAGACGAGUCGUCGAAUACACCGCUGAUCCAAUUAAUGGAUUCAACGCUGUCGUCCACAGGGAACCUGUAGCUCUUAUUAAACCGAUCGUUCCUGUUGCUCCUGUUGCUCCAAUUGCCUACCGUCAUUGACUAUACCUAUUCUAGAUACAAAUAUAACUGAUACUAUUAUUUCUCCAUACGACUAGUCACGUUUAUCUCUACAACUUUCCUCGGUUCAUAUUUUCUUCAUUCAACUUAAUGAAGAUACAAAGUUUGCGAUAGAUAUUGCAAAUGCUUGCCACGAAUCAUCGUGAUGUUUUUUAUAGGUAAAUUGCAACGAAGAUGUUAUAUACUGGAUGAAAAUUUAUUUAACAUUUUAUAGAAAUUUUGAGAUUUUAAACUAUUCGUCGAUAAUGAGAAAUUUUGUAGCAUUGUAUAUAACUAAUAAUUUUAAUUAACAUUUUGUAUGCAUA